GAAGUGAAAGCCACUCUCCGCCCCCACUUCCGGCGCCUCGCGUGUGUGCCGAGUUCGGCCAGGGGUCUUGGGUCGGCGUCUCGAGCGGGGCGUCCCCCAGCUCGGGUCAUGUCUCGCAACCUGCGCACAACGAUGAUUUUCGGCGGCUUCGCCUUCCUCUUGGGCGCCGCCUUCUACCCCAUCUAUUUCCGGCCCCUGAUGCGGACCGAGGAGUACAAGCUGGAACAAGCCAUAAAUCGGGCUGGUAUUGUCCAAGCAGAUGUGCAGCCACCAGGAUUAAAAGUGUGGUCUGAUCCAUUUGGAAGGAAGUGAAGAGGCUUGUGUCUGAUCUGAAUAGGAAAAUAAACAUCUUCAUAUCCUCUGUGCUGCAACAAAUAUAGAUCAUCUGUGUGGAGUGAUAACUGAAGAAGACAGAAUUUUAUAAUGGAGUAAAUACUAGUAGUUUCCACAAAUAUUAAUUCCAAAAAUUAAUAUUAAAUUUUUCUGAAGUUUCAAAACACCAUUAAUGCAAGUUACACUAUUAGGAAGUUGGAGUAGGGUGAAUUUGUUAACUAAACCUCUCCAUUCUGGGUAGAAAAUAGACCUACUUAUUAUUCAGUCUUUACAACCAAGAGUUAUGAUUUAAAUAUGGGAAGUACAGCACGCUUGGGAAGAUCCUUUUAGUGUCUUGUGUGUUGCCAUUUCUUAAAUAAGGUAUUGAAGUGAAGAUUUCAAUAAGCUGCUUCAUGGAAUGUGAAAAUGUCAGAGCCAAGAAAACCAUUUUGGACUCUGCCCUGUGCUGUUUAUUAACAAGCACAGUCCAUCUUAGUCGUGUCUUGUUGAAGGCUAUGUAGUUUUUGAGUGUAAAUAUGAAGUAAUGUAAAUGAGAGGUAAUAUAAUUUAGUGAAAGGAGUGUUGGGUCUUAAGUCAGAACACUUGGAUUUGUGUUUCAGCUUUCCCAAUUACCAGCUAUGUGACACUAGAUCCUCUCUAGAUCUCAGUUUCUCUUGCAAAAAUGGGUGAAUUGGACAAAAUAAUCGAAUCCUUUCCAGCUCUAACAUUCUAUGAUUAAGUUACUUUGCGUACAUGGUGGAAAUGUGUACAUUAAAAUUAUUUGUUUAACUUA